AUGACAGAAUUUCAUAACUUUUCUGAAGCAACAGGACUGAGAGCCAAUCCCACCAAAUGCAAAGUAUACUUUGGAGGAGUGCCUAUUAAUAUCCAGCCGCAAAUACUCGAGAUUACAAAGUUUUCUGCAGGAAACCUCCCUUUCAAGUAUCUAGGGGUCCCGAUGACUAGUCGUAAACUAGUUGCUUUCCAAUAUGAACCGCUCAUAGAGAAAAUUGUGGGAAGGAUCCGUCAUUGGACAGCGAGACUGCUUAGCUAUGCUGGAAGACUGCAGUUAAUAAAGAGUGUUUUGUUUGCAAUCACAGCGUAUUGGAUGCAUGUUUUCCCGAUCCCAAAAAAAGUGCUCCAUAGAAUUGAAGCUAUAUGUCGCACCUUCCUUUGGUCUGGAACUGACAAUAUCAACAGGAAGUCACCUAUUGCAUGGGACACAAUUUGUUACUCUAAAGUGGCUGGCGGAAUGAACAUCACAUCCUUAGUAGAAUGGAAUGUAGCAACGAUUAGUAAAUUGCUGUGGAACAUUCAAGCAAAAGAGGAUAAGAUGUGGAUUAAAUGGAUGAACGCAUACUACAUUAAGGGACACUCGGUACAUAAUUGGCAGGUAAAACCGAGUUGUUCAUGGAUGCUUAAGAAGAUUAUGCAAUGCCGGGAUAAAGUCUGUCAUACGGCGUAUUGGACCACUGCAGUCCACGACCAGAAGUACAUUACAGCCAGGAUGUAUCGUGAACUUCGUGGUUUUCAAACUGAUGUUAACUGGAAAUAUAUUUUGUACCAUAAUGGAGCUAGACCCCGUGCACGGUUUAUGUUAUGGAUGGCCCUCCAUGGAAGAAUUGCAACCAAGGAUAGAUUGGUAAGGUUUGGUAUCAAUGUUGGUGAUAACUGCUGUUGCUGGUGUAAGAAAAAUGAGACACUUGAACAUUUAUUUUUUAAAUGUGACACCACCCUAAGAAUAUGGAUGGAUCUGCUAGCUUGGCUGGGAUUCUAUAGACAACCAGCUGGUUGGAAGCGUGAAAAAGAUUGGCUCAUCAGAGAAACAAAAAAGAAAGGAUGGAGAAAUCAGAUGCUAAAGAUCCUAAUAGCUGAAACGAUUUACGAGAUUUGGCGAAGGAGAAAUGAAAUUAUUUUCUCUAAUAGCUCCAAUGAUAACCUUGUGGAGUGGAUCAAAACGAAUACUGUGGUGCGUUGUACUAUGAAACGGAAUUUAGGGGGACAUGUGAAUGUCAAUACUCUUAGCAUAGUUUAA